AAUUCUCAAACAACGUACUCGUUUUUCUCUAUGUUUGGAUGUUGAGCAUUGUGCCAAACAACAAAAAUUAAAAACUAAAUCCUAUAGUCACUAGUCAGUUCUAGCCUCAAACUAAAAAAAAGGAGUUGAAAGUUGAAGUGGAACGAAACAAAAUUGUGGUGUUUGGAGAAUAUAUUACCAACUUAGACAAUAGAAAUGGUGGAUUACAGCAAAUGGAAAGAUAUUGAAAUCUCGGAUGAUGAGGAUGAGACUCACCCAAACAUCGAUACUCCAUCGCUGUUCCGGUGGAGGCACCAGGCUCGGAUGGAGCGAAUGGAGGAGGCUCAGAAAGAAAAAGAAAAAGUGGAAACUGCAAAGAAAAAUUUGGAAAAAAAAUUGGAGGAAGUAAAACAAAUGCUGGGAUCGGCGGAGGCUGCUCCCAAAGUUAAGGAAGUUAAGGCUGCACUUGACAACCUGCAAAUAGCAGCUGGCGGAGAGCUUAAAAACCAAGUGAAGAAGGUCCACGAAGCCAAAGAGAGACUGCUUGCCGCAGAAAAGUCUGGAUCACCCGAAGCACAACAGCUGAAAGAGGCCUUGGAAAAAGUUGAAAAAGAAAUGGAAGAAUUGAAGAAGAAAGAAGAAGAGUUGAAGUUGAAAGAAAAGAUCACUCCAUGGAACGUUGAUACCAUCAGCAAACCUGGGUUUACAAAGACAGCAAUCAACAAGCAAGUUCCGAAAAGAAAGGAGAACCUGACAGAGGAGGAAAAGGAGAAGAGAAUGAGGGAAUUUAUUAAGGAAAACGAGAAGCUGCUGAAGCAGUAUGGGAUGCUGCGGAAGUACGAUGACAGCAAACGUUUCCUCCAGGAACACUCUCAGCUGGUGUGUGAGGACACAGCCAACUACCUGGUCAUCUGGUGCAUCAAUCUGGAGAUGGAGGAGAAACAUGAGCUGAUGUGUCACGUAGCCCACCAGACAAUCUGCAUGCAGUACAUCCUUGAACUGUCUAACCAGAUGGAUAUAGACCCCAGAGCUUGUGUUGGGUCUUUCUUCUCCAAAAUACAAGUGGCUGAGCCAGAGUACAAGAAGGCCUUCGACGAUGAACUGCAAGGGUUCAAGAAUCGGGUGACCAACAGAGCUAAGGAGAAAUUGGAGGCCCUCAUGAAGGAGGUGGAAGAAGAGGAGAGACAAAAGAGACUGGGACCUGGUGGCCUUGACCCCUAUGAGGUCCUGGAGACACUUCCUCCGGAGCUGCGGGAGUGUUUUGAGAAGCAGGAUAUUCCCAUGCUGAAGGCCACAAUUGCCAAGAUGGAUGAGAAGGAAUGCCUGUAUCACAUGAAGCGUGCAAUAGACUCAGGUCUGUGGGUGCCUGAAAAGAAACUCCCUGAAGGUGGAGAAUCCAGUGCGCAAGAGCCGAUCUACUCUGAGACUGCUUCUGAGGAGGAAUCUUCUACGAAGAGCUCUUGAAACACUUAUUAGUACUGUAAAUAACUUAGAUUUUAUAUUUAAUCAAUCAAAUUUGCUGUUAAAUUGUUUUGUAUAUUUUUUCUUUUGAAUUAUUCUGAUUCAUUUUUCAAGUAAUAAUUGUUUUGCAAAUGCUCUUGCUAUUUGCUUAAAUAGUGAGGAUGGGACAAUUCCAAAAUAUAUGUGAUUUCGGAUUCUUGA